GAAGCCCCGGCUGCAGCUUGAGAGGCUCCUGCCGCGGGCGCCUGCCCCAGCCUGGGCGCUGUUUGAGCCGUAGUACAGCUGGGCACCUGAAGAGGGCGUUGUAAAAAGUAGAUCCGUAAUUAAUUUUUUUAAAUGUGUUCUUUUUAUCCCUUUGGAGCAGGAGCAUAUAGCAUAGCAGUUCCCAAGCUUUGCCUGUAGCUUAACGCCCCUCUCAGAGCUUGCGGGCUGUAGAAUUCAGUAGUAGGUAGAGCUAUAAAAUACCACUUUAUUUCACACACCCUUCUGUAGCCAGCUGGAGAAAAUACCAUGGGAGGAAGUGGUGAGAUAGGAAGGGAAGGGAAAGCCGCUGUAGUUCUGUCUAGGCAGAACAAGAACUCUGGUGUGUUGGAAGACUUAAUCCCAGUAUUUACGUUUCCUCACAAAGAUCAUAUGAAUAUCCUGCUUAUAGUUGUGGAUGAUCUGCGUCCUGUUUUGAGCUGUUACGGAGAUAAACUUGUGAAAUCUCCAAACAUUGAUCAACUUGCUUCUCACAGUGUUGUGUUCAGCAAUGCAUAUGCACAGCAAGCCGUGUGUGCUCCCAGUAGAGUGUCAUUUCUUACUGGACGCAGACCUGAUACUACCCGACUGUAUGAUUUCUACUCCUACUGGAGAGUACAUGCAGGAAACUAUUCCACGAUGCCCCAGUAUUUCAAGGAGAAUGGCUACAUGACCUUAUCUGUGGGGAAAGUCUUUCAUCCUGGGGUUUCAUCCAAUUACAGUGAUGACUAUCCAUACAGUUGGUCCAUUCCACCCUUUCAUCCUUCAGCUGAAAAAUAUGAAAAUUACAAGACUUGUAGGGGAAAAGAUGGAAAACUUUAUGCUAACUUGGUGUGCCCAGUGGAUGUGACAGAAAUGCCCAGUGGUACUCUGCCUGACAUUCAGAGCACUGAAGAGGCCAUACGCUUACUGAAUGCUGUGAAAACCAACAAGCAAAAAUUCUUCCUGGCUGUCGGUUACCACAAACCACAUAUCCCACUGAGGUACCCACAGGAAUUUCUCAAGUUGUACCCCUUGGAAAACAUCACAUUAGCCCCAGAUCCCUGGGUGCCUGAGAAACUGCCUUCUGUGGCGUACAACCCCUGGACGGAUAUCAGACAGAGGGAUGAUGUGGAAGCAUUAAAUGUUAGUUUCCCUUAUGGACCACUUCCAGAUGACUUCCAGCGGCAGAUUCGUCAGAGCUAUUAUGCAGCAGUUUCUUACGUGGAUACACAAGUUGGCCUGCUCUUGAAUGCUUUGGAUGACGUAGGACUCUCAAACAACACGAUAGUAGUUUUUACUGCUGAUCAUGGAUGGUCGCUGGGAGAACAUGGUGAAUGGGCAAAAUACAGCAAUUUUGAUGUUGCUACCCGUGUGCCACUGAUGUUUUAUGUCCCAGGAAUGACUACUUCCUCUGUUAAUCAAGGAGGGAGGGUCUUCCCCUACCUUGACCCUUUUAGCCAUAUUUUGGGUUUGGUACCUCAAGGGCGAAGAAAAGAGGUGGUAGAGCUUGUGUCUCUGUUUCCAACACUUGCUGAACUUGCUGGCCUGCAAGUUCCUCCGGUGUGCCCAGAGACUUCGUUUCAUGUUGCACUGUGCACUGAGGGGGCGAGCAUUGUCCGAUACAUUAAUGCCUCCAAAGAGAAGGUGGAGGAAGAGGAGGGUGGGUGUGAUGACACUUACAGGUGUUUUAAUGAGGAACCUGUUGCUUUGAGCCAAUACCCUCGGCCUGCAGACACUCCUCAGUGGAACUCUGACAAGCCAAAGCUGAAAGACAUCAGAAUCAUGGGCUAUUCCAUGCGUACAGUUGCCUGCAGGUAUACUGUAUGGGUUGGGUUUAACCCCAGCAACUUCAGUGCUGACUUUGAGGAUGUCCACGCGGGAGAGUUGUACAUGGUGGAGACAGAUCCAAACCAGGAUUAUAACAUCUAUAACAAUACCUCACAUGGUGUUUUUUUCAAAAAAAUCCUUGGCUUGCUGAAGCACUAGGGUUCAGAAACUUCUCUGUGCGUGUUCUUGCGACUAAAGUAACCAUUCCUUUUUUUGUAUAAAAGCUUUCUGUUGUACAGAAAACACUUGGAUUGAAUUAAAUCCUGUUUGUAUCAAAACA